ACCGAGCCUAUUUAAGACCGGCGGCCACCUCGCCGGACAUCCGAAUCCGCAAACUCCCAACUGUCCCAAGCAUCCUCAUCCCCCUGAUCCUAUCCUCUCGCCCCGCCAAGCCAACCGGUGCCCGCCACGGGAGCCGCAUCGCCGAUGGCAACCGAGAUCAUCCAGGCGCCGGCUCCGGCCAUGCCCGCCGUGGCGGGGCGCACCGCCGCCGCCGCAGGCGGUGCCGGCGGCAACGGCAGGGCGGGACUGCCGCCGCCGAGGAGGGGCCAGAUUAUGGUGAAGAUCCUCAAGGACGUCGUGGCCGCGCUCACCGCCAUCGCCGCGGGCCUCGUCAAGAACACCCGCGGCGGCGCCGGCGGAGCCGUUGUCGGAGGCCUCCCCACCUCCGACGACGCCGACGAGAAGUGAAACUGGCGAUCCAGAAGCUGAAGAAGGACUGCUUGCGUGUUCUCUCUUCCUCCGUCCGACGCGCUCGCUACUCUGCUGCUAUCAUGCGCUCAUUUUAGUGCGCGCAGUAGAGGCCCCGGGUGCCAAAAAUUACUACGAAGCUCUCGUGAUUUAUCUUUUCUGCACUUGUGUGCCUGUCGAUCAGGGAUAGAUCAGUUGCCAUAUUAGAGGUCGCACUGAUUCAUCCGUGGUCUGGUUUCGUUGGUUUGUGGUUCUUGUCCUUCCCAUGGUUUUUGGUUUGGGUUGGGUUUCAGUGGCUGCUUUCAGGAGGUUACCAAGGUUUUUUAAGAAAGAACCUCCUGUUGCUGCUGCUGUUCAGUCUUAAGUUUCUGUUGUGUGAUCACCGGUCAGUAAGUUCGUGUUGUUUGCUGGUGUUUGAUUGUGUAAGGUAGGUGUAGGAGGGAUCAGCGAGUAUUAUGGUCUGGUCCUUUCUUCUCGUGCUACUGUUGCCACCCCUGUCGUGAUGUAACUUUGUUUUGCUAUCUUGUCGAAUAAAUCGAGCUUCUUGUGUGAAA